GUCCGUCUUGUUGUAAACCUCGAAUCGAAAAAUAAAUACGUUUUCAAUGGUUUUGGAUCAAUAAACAUUAGAUCUGUCGAGUGGAAUGGAGGGAAGAGUUAUCGGGCCCGGGCCGUACAGGGCGACAAAGCUGUGGAAUGAAACAAUUAAACUCUUCCGUGGAGGUAUGCCUUUAAGAAGACAUUGGAUGCACUUCCGCUACUAUGAUUGCACUUUCUCAGGAUCCGAGGCUGUAGAUUAUCUCCAUCAACUUCUUCUGCACAACUGUAACUUUGGACCAGAGGUGACUCGCUACCAGACCAUACAGCUGCUCAGGAAGUUCCUCAAGGCCCAUGUCAUUGAAGACGUGAAGGGUCGGCAUGGGAAAGAAGACUUUGAAGAUAACAAUCAUUUAUACAGAUUCCCCACUCUGUCUCCCCUCAAAUCAUUUCCAUCAAGAUCCGUGUCCAGAAAUGGCACUGACCUGCCAAGACUGAUCCGCUGGGAUGACUAUGAAGAAUUACCACAGCAGGAGAACACAGCACAUUUGAAGUCUACUGGGUUGACGUCUGAUUUUUGGAACAAACGGCACAGUGUGGCAAUUGGGGAUGUGCAUGAAUGCAAGCUCAUUCGAAGAAAAGAUAUAACACCCAAGCAAGUGGACAACAUAUGGAAGUCAAUGACAGCUGCACAUUUACAGCAAGUACUGGGGCUAACAACAUUGGAUGGCGUGUUAAAUCCAGCACACUUGAAAGGCAAAUACAUAGUUCACAACGUUUUCAACGUCAAUAAGUCGGGCAUAGUUGUGUUGGAGAACCCUGCUGAUGACAUGCCCUACUGGGUGGUAUCAGCAAUGAAAUGCUUGGCCAACUGGCCCAAUGGCAAUGACACCAAACAACCAGUGUACCCAGGAUUUGAGAGGGAUGUCCUGAAAACUGUAGCCGAUUACUAUCAAAGACUCAAAGAACCACUACUGACUUUUAAUCUUUAUGAAGUCUUUGUCAACAUUCUCAGUCUGCUACACGAACAAGACUUGGCUACUGAGGCGCUUCAAGUCAGCACCCUUUUGCUGCCACCGCCCAACCGAAGACAUCUUCAGCUAUUGCUGAGGCUGAUGGCGCGGGUCUCUCAGAAUCCCCAUCUGCCGCCACUUAAUGACACUAUUGCCAGCCGCACUCUGAUGGUGCAAAUGUUUUCACAAUGUGUUUUGGGCUCCCUUGAUGAGAUGGACUUGGAUGAACUGCUUGCCUCAAAACUGGUCACUUUUAUGAUGGAGCACCACAACACCAUCUUUCAAGUGCCCAACAAAUUGAAAUGUCAAGUUGAGGAGCAGCUUACCCACCUCCGAAGAGUUCAGAUUAAAUAUGCUGGUUCUGACACAGACUUCAGUACAUCUCCAGCAUUUUAUAAACUGAUUAGUAGGGUGGAGUCGGAGGAGCCGAAGGUGAUUGGUACCCAGACUCCUUUGCAGCAGCUACUGGAAGGCCUGAUCUCAGACAAGGAACUUCCCGUCAAGGACAAAAGGAAAAGACUAAAGCAGUUUCAAAAGUCUUAUCCUGAGGUUUACCGAAAUCGAUUCCCUUCUGAGGAAAGUAGAGCUGCUGUCAUACCUGAGAAAACCCCUCGCCUCAAACCGCACCUAAUGUUUUUCAACUUCAAGAAACCCUCAAACCCAUUUCAAAGGAGCUGGAGUUUUAGGGCAUAAACUACUGCGCCACCACUGUCUGAUUGCAGACAUCCCAGAAUGCUGUUAAACAAAGCAGAGAAAGGAUGACAUGAGGUUAGACAGUUUACAAAAAAUUGAUUGGUGAUUACUUUCUGUCAAUUUUAAAAUUAUUCAUUUCGGGCCAGUCUGAUUUAAAAUAUAUACAGUGGUACCUCUACUAACGAAAUGAAUUGGUUCUGGUAGUAGUUUCGCAACUUGAAAGUUCUGUAAGUAGAGACGCGUUUCCAUGUAAAUACCCUAAUCCGUUCCAAAAUUCAGACAUUAAACUUUUAUAAUUAAUAAAAUUGCAUCAAAACAUGUAACAAAAACAUGUUGCAAUUAGAUUAUUGCACAAUAAACAUAAAAUCAGUGUUGUGCAUAAUCUCAAAAAACAAGGAUAGAGUAAAGAAUGUAAGUUAAUACACUUAUGUAAAGCUGUUGGAACACGAGGGGCGAAUGAAAAGGAUGCUGGGAUAUACAUAUACAGUAAAGGUCCCUGUUAGCCAAUUGGAUGGCAGGAAUGCUAGGCAAUAGCAGAGCAGCUAUAAGUAUGUUACGUUCAGUAAACUCUGGGAGCUGCGAAUACCAGCCACUGCCUUUUUGCCUUUGGAAUCCUGAAAUUUCUUUCGUAACAAGAGGCAAUAGUUUCCCAUUGAGGCGUGUUUUAACCUGAAUAUUCUGUAUGAAGAGAUGUUUGUCAGUAGAGGUACCACUGUAUAUAUAUAUAGGCGAUGCUGCUAAAGAUACAUACAAAUUUAUUGUACUAACUUGACUAGCAAUUGCUAAAGGUACUAUGGUUUAAAACUGUCAAAGGAGGAAUAUAUCUGAACUUUAUAAUUUUUUUGUUUUGUUUUUUAUCAUACUUGAAAAAUUAGUUCAGUAUUAAAUUCCAAUUAAUACCUAGCCAAUAGGCUGUUUAAGUACACUGGUUUUGAAUUCCAGAAUUAAAAAGAAAAAAGCUAGAUGAAACCAUGAACCACAAAGAAAUGUAUUGAUAAGAAAUUGUCUUACAAAAUAUUCACAAGCACUAAACCACUGCUGUCUGUCAAAAUGAAUUCAAAUAGUUGAGUACCCUGUAAGAUGAGUAGUCUUGCGAAUUGAAAUUGUACUUAAGCAAAAUAUAUGCAUUUCAAAGUUACUCGGUCGAAGCAUUAUUGCAUGCAAAA